ACAUUAUCGGAAGAUGGACAAGAGAAUUCACCGCAUAAUUCUGCCAGUGAUUCUGGUCAUGAAACUUCAUCACCUGAUUCACCGUUAACACCUGUCGAGGAAGGAGCCGUUUCUCCAGCAGUGGAAAAAACCGGUAACGAUGAUGAAGCAUUAUGUCCGAGUGAUAAAUGUGAAACAACAUUUCGUAUUCGUUUGAUUGCACCUGGUGCAGAACCGUUCGAUUUACAGGUAAAUUCAAGUGAAAUGGUGCAGGAGCUACAUCAGGUACUGCUAGAACGUGAAGCAACGUGUCAUCGUACGUGUUUCAGCUUACAGUUGAAUGGUAUUUCGUUGGAUCAUUUCACCGAAUUGAAAAAUGUUGCUGGUCUUACAGAUGGAUCUGUGUUGAGAGUUGUCGAAGAACCAUAUACAACCCGAGAAGCUCGAAUUCAUAUUCGACAUGUUCGUGAUCUUAUUCGUUCUCUUGAUAUGUCUGAUGCUGUUAAUGGUACUGAUGGUGCAUCACUGUCAUAUCUUGCCUCAAUGACAUUAGGAGAUCGUAAAAAAAACGCUGACAAGUCACUAGAAUGUUCUCCCCCUGAUUAUGUUCUACCAGGAUCUAAGGAACGUCCAUUAAUACCGUUACUACCAGUAAUGAAAGAUCCUGUGUUAGCGCUGAAAAGUCUGGCAAUAUCACCGUUUAAUCCCCCACCAGGACAUCGAAAAUUGAAGGGCGAUGUUCUCUAUUUGACAGUUGAUACACGAGAGGGACGACGUUAUCAUAUAACUUGUUGUACGAAAGGUUUUUAUGUGAAUGCAACCAGCGAAGCAGGUUUCCGACCAACACCCUCACCUUCACAUAGGGCUAUUCAUCAUUCAUUAUUGGAUUUGUUGUCGUCAAUUAGCACCUCAUUUAAACGAGCUAUGUCUUUAAUUUUGAAGAAGCGUUCCGAAAAGCAUAUUUUUGAGCGAUUGCCAACACCAUAUCAGGUAAAUUCAUGGGUAGCACCGAUAUUCGAGCAAACCGAAGAUGGAAUUCGUGCUGAAGAUUUUACACAGCCUCAUAAAAUUGGUCUUGAAGAUCAUAUUCCUGGACAAAUUCGUGAUUGGAACGAGGAGCUGCAAACGACCCAUGAGUUACCACGUGAAACACUCGGUGAACGGCUCAUUCGAGAAAGAGCUAUCUUUAAAAUUCAUAGCGAUUUCGUUUCUGCUGCGAUUAAAGUGAUUGUUUAUCAUAUCUUAAUUUUAAAUAUCUCCUUACUAAUAGCAAGAAUUUAA